AUGUGGGUGGAGAUGUUGAUACAGAACAGACGCGUUUAGCAGGCGUUAUAGUUUAUACACAGUGUUUUUAGGGUCAAAUGAAGCGUUGCGUGUUUUAACUUUGCAUGGAUUAUCCUUACGUGUGUAAAGAACCGUUCAUGUUUGCCCGUUUGUACUUUUUUCAAAGCUAGCUCGUAGCUUGUGUGACGCACGCGCCUUGUGCUAGCUAAUAAAAAUAAACGUCGCUCCUCGUUGGAAACUAUUUUCGUCGGAAUUUGUUUUUUUUUUACCUCAUUCUCGCUGCUAAACGAGGCAGGAGCGGUGACAGUCGUUUGUUUUCGUCUCUGCGGUGCUUACCAGCUGUCCACACAUGCAGCCACUGUCGGCCAGGAGACCCAAAUCCCUGGAUAAAUUCAUGGAGCAAGGUUAAGGUCAGGUAAACCUCCAUCGCUACCUAAAGAAGACAAAAAAAAAACUACGUGGGACUUUUUUUCUGACUACCUAACAACGUAAGAGGACGUUUGUUAUUGUUUUGGGGAACCCCUCCUCAUCCUCCCCAACUUCUAAUCUCAGCUCGUGGAUAAAGAAGGCAUCCGACAUGGUGGUCAACACCAUCCACUGGUUCAGGAAGGGCCUGCGGCUGCAUGAUAACCCGUCUCUGAGGGACUCCAUCCGGGGAGCGGACACCCUGCGUUGCAUCUACAUCCUGGACCCUUGGUUUGCGGGGUCCUCCAAUGUGGGAAUCAACAGGUGGAGGUUUCUGCUGCAUUGUCUAGAGGACUUGGAUGCUAGCCUGCGCAAAAUCAACUCCCGAUUGUUUGUCAUCAGAGGCCAGCCUACAGAUGUCUUCCCUCGUCUUUUUAAGGAAUGGCAGAUCACUCAUUUGUCUUAUGAAUAUGACUCUGAGCCGUUUGGUAAGGAACGAGAUGCUGCCAUCCAGAAACUAGCCAGCGAGGCAGGAGUAGAGGUCAUGGUGCGGAUUUCACACACCCUCUACAAUCUGGACAACAUUAUCGAACUAAACGGUGGUCAGCCUCCACUGACGUACAAGCGCUUCCAAGGUCUAAUCAACCGAAUGGAUGCUGUGGAGCUGCCUGCAGAGACGAUCACAUCUGAUGUCGUUAAAAACUGCCUCACACCUAUCAGUGAAGACCAUGAUGACAAGUUUGGGGUGCCCUCCCUGGAAGAGCUGGGUUUCGAGACAGAGGGCCUAACCACAGCAGUAUGGCCAGGUGGAGAAACAGAGGCACUCAUGAGGCUAGAGCGGCAUUUGGAGAGGAAGGCCUGGGUGGCAAACUUUGAGCGUCCACGUAUGAAUGCUAAUUCCCUGCUAGCCAGUCCCACGGGGCUCAGCCCAUACCUGCGCUUUGGAUGUCUCUCCUGCCGGCUCUUCUACUUUAAGCUCACCGAUCUCUACAGAAAGGUAAAAAAGAACAGCUCUCCACCGCUGUCCUUGUACGGCCAGCUGCUGUGGAGGGAGUUCUUCUAUACAACUGCCACCAACAAUCCCUGUUUUGACAAGAUGGAGGGAAACCCUAUGUGUGUCCAGAUACCAUGGGACCGGAACCCAGAGGCUCUGGCCAAGUGGGCAGAGGGACGGACGGGCUUUCCCUGGAUAGACGCCAUUAUGACACAGCUGAGGCAAGAGGGAUGGAUCCAUCACUUGGCAAGGCACGCAGUGGCUUGUUUCCUCACCAGGGGGGAUCUCUGGAUCCGCUGGGAAGAAGGCAUGAAGGUCUUUGAAGAAUUGUUAUUGGAUGCAGACUGGAGUGUAAAUGCUGGCAGCUGGAUGUGGCUUUCUUGCAGUUCAUUUUUCCAGCAGUUUUUCCACUGCUACUGUCCUGUGGGAUUUGGAAGACGCACAGACCCAAAUGGCGACUACAUACGGCGCUAUUUGCCAAUAUUGAGGGGGUUUCCAGCCAAAUACAUCUAUGACCCUUGGAAUGCCCCAGAGGAAGUGCAAAAGGCUGCCAAGUGUAUGGUAGGAGUCCACUACCCCAAGCCCAUGGUGAACCACGCCGAGGCCAGCCGCAUCAACAUUGAGAGGAUGAAGCAGAUUUACCAGCAGCUUUCCUGCUACAGAGGACUAGGCUUGCUGGCAACAGUACCUGCUAAUCCCAACAGUGGUGCGAAUGGCAGCAACACAGGGACAAAUCAGGGUGCUGGAAGGUCCUCUGAAGACCCUUCCCUACAGGAGGGAACAUCUCGAACAGAACGAGGACAGUCGAUGCAGAAGCGCCGACGUGAAGAGACUCCGCCUGAAAGCAGCUCUAAAUCCUGGAAGCAGAGCAAAUAGGGUUCAAAAUCCAGAACACAAAGGGUCCCUCUGUCCAUCUGUAUCAUCUGGGUAGCAUCUUUUCCUGCAUUGCCCCACCUAACAAACAGUAAUAAUGGGGGGUUGGAGCUGCCCUGUAGUACUGGCUUCUCGUCGAAAAAAGCCCCUAUAGUACGUAAUAUUUAGAUUGUCGGACGUUCGAAGUGACAGUCAGCUUGUAACAUGUCUGUAACACAUUAACACAUUUCACAAAGAGAGAAACAAAACUUUUCUCAGUGAGAGAGAACCCUGCAAACAGCACAAAGAGGCAAAAACUACUCAUUGCAAAGUCUUGAUAUCGGGUUGUUGUGAGACUAUCUCUUGUCUUCCACCACAGUAUGGAUGAAACCGCUAACCAAUGGGGUUUCCUUCUUAACACCCCACAUUCAUCUGGUUAGGAUCUAAGCAGCUCUUCUCAGUUGCUGCAAUCUCAUGUUUCUGCCAUUAACCUGACCGCUUCAGCUGCCACACCGUAGUGAGAAAAAGUCAAACGAUGAUUCCCAUCAGAGUAGAGGAAUCUGAUGUAAUCAGGAGACAUGCGAUGGGAGGUUUGUUGUAUGUAGCAGACACCCUCACCCACUGACAUGACUAAACUGACGUAGAACGUUUUUUCUGGAAGCGAAACCUAAACGCUUCAUAUGAAGAAAAUAAAGUAAUGGGUGUACAUAAUGUGAGAACGUUUCUUUUCACAGAUUUUGACACAAAGAACGGUCUCAUGCACAAUAGAGAAGAAAAUUAGAAGCAAGAUGAUGAAGCAAGCUUUCUAACAGACCGUCAUACAUUUUGUAAAUAUUUGUUUUUGAUUUCCAACUUUUGUAUAUGUGGUUGUGGAGUUUGACGACUCCUUUGUAAAUAAUGUCACCAAAAUGCAAAAGCACUACCGUAAAUGUUUUGUCUCCUAUGUGAUCGUAAAUCUGUUAUUUUUGUAUAAAGAAUGACCAAAUUCUAAAUGUAUUGAACUGGCAAUAAAAUACAAAAAUAUUACAUCCUA